CCUAUUAGAAUAGAAGAGGAGAUCAGACUCUCUCAGGGUCACUUUUGAAUGAAUCAGUGUUAUUGCUGGAGUCACAGGACGCUUACAAUGAAGUGUCUCAUUUCACUUUACCUUCUGACAUCAAUUCUGCAUUUAUCCAGCAGUGCAAAUUGGUGCUACCAGACACAAGUGAGUUGUGAUGGACAUUGUAAAGGUCCAGAGCUUUGGAAGGAAGAAAACCAAGAGUGUGGAAAAAACAGACAGUCACCGAUCAACAUCGUGACAAAGAAAACCAAACUUGACGAGCGUCUGACGCCUCUUAAAUUUAACGGUUAUGAGACCAAAUUCGACAGCAUCAUAAAAAACAACGGUCACUCCGUUCAGGUGAAUAUACCCAACACACCUACAGUGUCUGGAGGAAACCUGGGAGAGACAUAUAAAGCCAUUCAGUUUCAUCUUCACUGGGGAAGAGACGGAGGACCCGGAUCUGAACACACCAUUGAUGGAGAACAGUAUCCUAUGGAGCUGCAUAUCGUCCAUAUGAAACAAAGAUACAACAAGAUAGAUGAUGCACUGAAAGAUCCAUCUGGCAUCGCAGUUCUGGGAUUCUUCUACGAGGAGUCAAACAGCGCAAACAAAGGCUAUGACCAGCUUAUAGAUGCCUUAAAGAAAAUACAGAACAAGAAUGGAAACAUGACUCUUCGAAAGAUCUCGCUUAACCAGUUGAUUCUGUCAGAGGAGAGAAUGACUAAUUAUUACCGUUACAAUGGAUCUUUAACCACACCAGGCUGCAAUGAAGUCGUUGUCUGGACUGUCUUUGAAAAUCCCAUUCCUCUCAGCAAAGAACAGCUUCAAGCAUUUUCAUCCCUGUACUUCCAUGAUGGGAAGAGAAUGGUGCAAACAUUUCGACCUGUACAGUCUCGUAAUGGACGUGUAGUGUAUCGGUCAAGUGGUCAGGUGUUCGUAGCCAGCGCUCUGCUUCUCUUUACCUCCAUCACUACAGCGUUCAGUCUCAUCUGAACUAAAGGCGACCCGAUCCAAACGACCACAAUGAGUUCUCAUCAAAGCAACGGACCAACAAGAGAAAACCCAAACUACAGAAUUACAGCACAUCAAAUGACAAAUAACAUAAUAUCUACAGGAAACUACUGUAGUUAGUUAGUUAGUGUAGAAAUAAGUCUUGAUCUGAUGGUUGACUGCAUGACUUGUGCUCUCAGUAGUGUUGGACUAAAAUCUGUUAGCAGCUCUGUGAAGGGCUGGCAACAAAGAAAUGCAUGACCUUUCUGUAUCAUGACACACACACACACACACACACACACACACACACACACACACACACACACACACACACACACACAGGUUAUAUUUACAGCAUGAUGCUGGAAAGCUUUUGAUCCAAGUUUCUGGAUAUGUCCCAUAUAAAAACACAAAGCAAUACAACUACACACACAACCUCACAAACCUGAGCUCCAUUACAACAUACCAGUGGCUAGUGGCAUAAACUUCUAAUGUUGCAUUCACACCAGACGUGGAAGAAGAGGCAAGCGUGAGGAAUUUACAUGUUUACAUAUAAAAGUCAGUGCAAAGACGCGAAUUGGCAUCCUGCGGCGCGGUACGCACAAAUGGCAUGGUGCGAAUGGCCUAAUGUUGCGUUCAGACCAGCCACGGUAGAGGCGUCAAACGCGAGUGAUUUCAAUGUUAAGUCAAUGUAAAGACGCGUUGACGCACGUCUGGAGGUUUAGCGCGGCGCGAUAGAUGCGAUUCCACCUCAUUUGCACGUCUAGUUUGCGCGAAUUGAGCGUUGCCGCAGAAAACACGCAAGUUUAAAAAUUUUAACUUUGGCGGAAAAAUGCACUGCGUUAACCGAUCAGGGGCUUGCUCUACUAGUGACGUGAUUACAGGAAGCGAGUGGAGUCGCAGAAGCCCAUGGAAGGCCCUCCCAUAACGCACAUUUUAGCGUGAAUGUCUCAAUGACUAGAAUUUCAUGCACAGCUUUCACGCGCGAAUGAAGCUAGUAACCUCAAAAUGUUCAAGCGGCAAACUAAAUGCGGUAGACACGAAUUUGAACCCUCAAACGCGGAUGAUGUGAACAUACGGUAAUGUGCGGCACGGAUGGUGCAUUCUACGUGAAUUGAGCAUUGCAGCGGGAGACAUUCAAGUUGAAAAAUCUGAACUUUGGCGGAUAUUCGCGUUUCGUUAACUAAUCAGGAGCUUGCUCUAGUAGGGACGUGAUAACAGGGAGCGAGCGGAAUUCCACGUGAAUGUAUCGAGUGACUAGAUAUUCACACGCGAAUGUAGCAAGUAAACUCAAAAUGUUCAAGCGUCCAACUAUGUGCGAAUAGCACGUUUUUGCUGCCGCUUCCGCGGCUGGUGUGAAUGAACGGUAAGACUAGUCUUAAAGGGUGUGUACACUAAAGCGUUUAAACGUGGCUGAAAAUGGCAUGUGGACACAGACUGUAGACACUUUCCAGCUUUUUUCAGCUGAGCGCUUUGGUUGCUAUGAUACUUCUGAUUUAGUUGUUGAACGAUGCACCGGUUGGUUGUUGGGAUAUUAGUCCCACCCGUCCUCCGCUCUAAAAGGACGACCAAGUGAGAAGUGACAUUGAUGAGUUGAGCUUUUCACUAAAAGUUGAACAUUUCUCAACUCUCUGCAUUCAACGUGGAAUAAACGUUGAGUGCUGGCGCUCAGCGCGGACAAAACCCAUCAGCUUCUGUCAAAUGGAAAAGCGACGCACUUCCAUUGGAAACAAUUGAAAACAUAAGCCAGGUGUGCACAUCCCCUUAAAAUUUGUCAUUAGUCAGUACUUUUUUCUUCAAGACUGAUCAUAACUGUUUUAAGUAUGUUACAUAGAAAGAUAGGUCGAAUUUAAAUCCAAAUAGUAAAACUGAUAAGCCCUCACUAAGUGCUAGUCGGUCAGACCAGCCUGAUCUCAAGAGAAUUUGUACGUAUUUUAUGAGUUGGCUAAUUCAUAUGUGAAUCGUACAAAAAACAUACCAUUUUCAUAAAAAACACUAACGAAACCCCACCUCUAACGUUUCAAAUCUACUUGACUUUCAAUACGAUAUGGAUGAUGAUGCUUCAUGAUAUUCUGUUCACCAUCAUUUUUGCCCCCUGCAACAUGAGAGUGAGAAAAUGACAACAAAAUGUGACCUGUUCCCAGUCCAAGACUGUGUAUAGCGAAUCAAACUGAAUCAAAUUUCACCUAAUAAAUUUAAUUGAGUAGGCUAUAUGGCACUUCUGAGUUUACAAGGCCAUGAACUUGUUAAGAUUCUUUGUAGAUUGAUGUUAAACAGUCUUAAUAAAAGCUGCUGGACAUGUUCAUGACACACCUACACAUGAUACACUUAAAAUCUGGAUUCUCUAUUUUGUUAUAUAAAAACAUUUCAGGUCUUUUGUGAGGACACAUUACUUGUGUUAUGUUUUAGAUUUUGUGGGUCUUAUAUAAUAAUAUGGAUUAUAUAUUCCUAUAUAAUAAUAUGGAAGCCCAUUUCCACCAUAUAAGAAAAAAAUCAUGCUCUGGUAAAUCAUAGUUGAGAUAAAAAGUAGAAAUUAUUCCUUUUUAUCUGAUAAUUAUGACUUUUAAAGUCAAACUUAUGAUUUUUCCCCUCAUAAUUAUGAUUUACCAGAACAAGAUUUUUCUUGUAUGUGGCGGAAAUAAGCUUCCGUACUAUAUGCACUGAACAAUGAACAAAAUGACACUGUAUUAGAAUAGGAAUGAAACUAUUUUCUAAAAAAGGCAGAUGUAUUCUUAUGACACAUUAUGUUAACUUCACUUUUUACACAUGUAUGUUUUGAUGUUAUUCCCAUGGCUGCUGUUUUUAGUAUUUGUGUUUUUUGUACAUGAAUGCAUGGGAAUGGAUCUGAUGUUUCUUUCAGACUUUACAUUUAAAUUAAAAGCAGAGCACUUCCAUUGACUGCAGUAUUGUACCUUUGCACAUUAACAACAUAACUGUGUCAUGCAUUUGAUGUUAUGAUAUUAUGAUUGCCAAUUAAAAUGUGAAUGCUGAUGAUGAAUUUCAGUAUAGAAAUAAACUACUGUAUUUCCUUUUUA